AUGCCCCUCAGAUCCAUUGAUGUCGAAAACCUCACCCAGACUAACCUUCUACAGGACGUCAUUGAGGAUCAAGAGCAAGCCAUAUACGACCUUGCGAACUCCAUUCUCUCGAACAGCAAGGAUUCUGGUCCAAUAUCGGCACUUGAGACCGUCAUCUACUUCCUUCGUGAAUCCUUACAAUUGCGCCCCCGCCUUCACCCUCGUAGAUCUGAAUCGCUCCAUCAUCUUGCUACUGCCCUCAUAACCAGAUUCGAUCGCAUCGGUCAGAUCUCAAGUCUCAAUCUCGCUAUUGCUUUGCAUCGUGAUGCUCUUCGUUUGCGCGGUCCACAGCAUCCCAAAUACUCAGCCUCGUUGGUCGGCUUGGCCGAAGGGCUCAGUGAACGCUUUCGCUGCACCGGUCAAGUACAAGACGCUUACGAGGCGGCACUGUUGUACAGCAAAUCCUUCCAUCUCCAACCUACAUCACAUUCCGACCAUCUAGCAUCCUCGUCACUUGUUGCAGCAUUGCUCACGCGAUUCAGCGCCAUUGGCCAGCCACAAGAUUUUUAUAGUGCAGUCUCGCGACAUCACGGAUCACAGAUGAUAGGCCAGGAAGACCAAUUGGAAGCGUAUGGGUUGGGCUACAGGGCUGGCGAGCUCGUCGCUACGUUCCGUCAAAACGGUCAAACCUCAGAUCUUGACGCAGGCAUUUGGCUGUACAGGCAAGCCCUCGUUCUACUGUCAGCUCAUGACCCAAACCGCACCAAGUUUAUGAUAAAUCUGUCGAGCGCCCUUACCACGCGAUUCGAGAACUCUGGUCAUCGCGCUGAUUCGUUAGAGGCAGUCGCUAUCAAUCGCGAGGUCCUCAAAUUACUAUCUCAGUCGCAUCCUGACCGUUCCAUGGUCCUCAACAACCUUGCAAAUACUCUAGACAUGCGAUACGGUCAGAUGGGUCAGCUCGAGGACCUGCACGAGGCACUUUUACUUCACCGAGACGCACUGAAGCGUCGACCUAUACCUCAUCCCGAUCGAGCGAUGUCACUGAGCAACCUUGCUUCUACCCUUGGCGCACUAUUCGGUCGAACGGGGGAGUUGGCAGACUUGGACGAAGCUGUCAAAUUGCUUCGGGAGGCUCUUAUUUUGCGCCCCGCACCACACUCUAUGCGAUCACACUCACUGAACAAUCUCGCCACUGCUCUUGAUACACGAUUCACACAAACAGGCCAAAUAGACGAUCUCGAUGAGGCGAUAUCUCUUCAUCGCGAGGCCCGUUUACUCUUACCUCCGCCACAUCCCGAGCGGCCGUACUCUCUGAUAAACCUUGCAAAUGCUCUUGUUGCUCGAUUCGACCAAACAAGACAACAGGUAGACCUCAAUGAAGCCAUAGCAUUGUUCAGGGCUGCUCUGAUGCAGCUACCCAAACAGCAUACCAGUCGCCCAGGUUCUAUGAGUGUCCUUGGUUCUGCUCUUUCCAAACGAUCUCGGAAAAUUGGCCAGCUCGAUGAUAUCGAUCAAGCCGUCUCAUUGCAUCGUGAAUCGUUGUUGCUGAUACCACCGCUCGAUCCUGAUCGGCCGCGAUUGCUUCACAAUCUGGCUAACACGCUUGCAAGGCGCUUUGAUAAGCAAGGUCAGAUUCACGACUUGCAUGAAACUGUCUGUCUUCAUCGGGAGGCAUUGGAGCUUCGCCCCUCAGGACACCCCGAUCGACUCCUGUCGCUCAACGAGUUGGCUAGGGUUCUUUCUAGGAGGUUUGACAACACAGGCGAUAUCAGUGAUCUUGACGAGGCCCUUCGGGCAUGCCGCGAAUGCGUGCAUAAACUCCCAGCAGAUGAUCCUGCCACAUGUACCUACGCAGGAACUCUAGGGGACGUACUGAUGUCUUUGCAUUCACAUUCACAAACCCAUAAAUCAGAUCAUCUAGGCGAUGCUAUGGCAGCAUUUCGUGCUGCUGCGACGUGUAAGUCUGCAGGUGCAUUGAGACGAUUCGUCGUCGCGCGACGUUGGGCUUACCAUGCAGAUGGUAUCCACUCAUCUGCGUUGGAGGCAUUUCGGACUGCGAUACAGCUCUUGCCUCAUAUAGCGAUGCUCGGCUUGGAUUUAACAUCGCGACAUGAAGUGUUAUCUCAAAUUUCGGGGAAUAGCACCUUGGCUUGCGAUGCUGCGCUUUGCGCUAUACGGUCCGACCAGCCAGCAGUUGCAGUAGAGCUCAUUGAAGAAGGUCGGGCCAUUUUUUGGGCGCAAGCCCUGCAACUUCGUACUCCGUUAGACGAUCUUCGACUCGUCAAGCCGGCGCUGGCGCAGAAAUUGGAGAACAUUUCGCGUGCGCUCGAACUGGGCUCUCAGCGGGAGAACUCUAGACUCACCACAGACAAGUCGCAAAAGGUGAUGAUGAUGGAAGCCGAAGAAGUUCGAUAUCGUCGUCUGAACGAGGACUGGCUCCGUGCAGUUACAGAGGCUAGGGGGGUGGAAGGGUUUCGCAAUUUCUUACGUCAUAAAAGACUAGUCGAUCUACAGAAGGCUGCAUCCAAUGGUCCAGUUGUCAUCCUCAUCGCUGGCAACACUGCGUCUUCCGCACUGAUCGUCAUGUCCUCCGGCGUGGAGUCUAUCUUGCUUCCUAGCCUCACCCAUGCGGAUGUAGAAGUUCUUGUCCGCUCACUAAAAACAGCGCUUUCCUUCGAUAUGUAUUCCUUCAUGAAAACGUUGAAAGCACCUCUGAAGGCCCUCGUCGAGAAAGGCCAAGCAUACCGACGCAUCUCGGAUUUAUCAGUGCAUCCCGACGAGCGGGCAUACAACACAAAGCGGCGAGCUAAACGUCCUUCUGAAGAACCAGACGACGUCUUCAGAGAUAUCUUAGCCAUUCUUUGGACAUGUGUAGUCAAGCCCGUCAUUCAACACUUGGCCGUGAAGAAAACUAAUACUCCUCCGCGCCUGUGGUGGUGCCAAACCGGAUCGUUUGCACUAUUGCCAAUUCAUGCGGCUGGCAUAUAUGCUCCAAACCAUCCGUCGACCGAGAAUGCUCUUGAUUACAUCGUGUCGUCAUACACACCGACUUUAAGUUCUCUACUUGCUCUGACACCACCUAGGGAGGAUCAGUUCAAGAUGGUAGUGACUAUACAACCCCCAAAUUCUAGGUAUCGGCAGUUGCCUUGUGCUAAGGAUGAGUUGAAUAAGAUCCAGCAGCAUGUACCUGAAGAAUAUCUGGUCGCGUUUGGUAUACCCGGGGCUCCCUCUUCCGUGGAAAUGAUCACUGCCAGUCUCCUGGAAGCCUCCAUCGCUCACUUUGCAUGUCACGGCCAGCAAGAUCCCAAGCAUCCGCUCGAAAGCUGCCUUCUCUUGGAAGACGGCCCGCUCAAAAUUUCUCGUGUCCUUGCGACACCAAAGCCGAAUGCGUGGCUGAUCUUUCUAAGUGCAUGUCAAACUGCGAUGGGCGACGACAGACUUCCUGAUGAAGUCAUCCACCUCGCGGCGAGCUUCCUAUUCUCCGGGUUUCGCACCGCAGUGGCCACCAUGUGGUCAAUCAGAGAUAAGGAUGGGCCUACCAUCGCAGAUCACUUCUAUGCUGAACUUUUUGGUGACCAAACUAUUGGCAAGGGCUCCAGCACUACAGGAGCUGCUCAAGCUCUUCAUCAAGCCGUCAUCAAGCUACGCACAGAAUGUGAAAACGCAGCCUUCGAGCGUUGGGUGCCCUUUAUCCAUCUAGGUUUGUGA